AUGGUGCUCAUUGAGAAAUUCGGUUUGCUGAUCGGGGUGCUUUUUUUCUGGUUUGCAGGUGGCUUCGGUGGUGGCCGUGGCGGUCGUGGUGGUGCUCCCCGCGGCCGUGGUGGCCCUCCCCGCGGUGGUCGCGGUGCUCCUCGUGGUCGUGGUGGUCGCGGCGGUGCCAGCGGUGCCCGUGGUGGUGCCAAGGUUAUCAUUGAGCCCCACCGUCACGCCGGUGUGUUCGUUGCCCGUGGCGGUAAGGAGGAUCUGCUUGUGACCAAGAACUUGACACCCGGUGAGGCCGUGUACGGUGAGAAGCGCAUCUCCGUCGAGUCACCCUCCCAGGAGGAUGGCACCGUCACCAAGGUCGAAUACCGUGUGUGGAACCCCUUCCGCAGCAAGCUUGCUGCCGGUAUCCUGGGUGGUCUGGACGACAUCUACAUGAAGCCCGGCGCCAAGGUGCUCUACCUGGGUGGUGCCAGCGGUACCUCGGUCAGCCACGUCGCGGACAUUGUUGGCCCCACUGGCAACGUCUACGCCGUCGAGUUCUCGCACCGUUCCGGCCGUGACCUAAUUGGCAUGGCUACCCACCGCACCAACGUCAUUCCCAUUGUCGAGGACGCCCGUCACCCUCUUCGAUACCGCAUGCUCGUGCCCAUGGUUGAUGUCAUCUUCGCCGACGUUGCCCAGCCCGACCAGGCCCGUAUUGUCGGUCUGAAUGCCCACAUGUUCCUCAAGGCCGGCGGUGGUGUCAUUGUCAGUAUCAAGGCCAACUGUAUCGACAGCACGGCCAAGCCUGAGGUGGUGUUCGCCCGGGAGGUCCAGAAGAUGCGUGAGGAGAAGCUGAAGCCCAAGGAGCAGCUGACUCUGGAGCCCUUCGAGCGUGAUCACUGUAUCGUUGCUGGUAUCUACAACCGCUCUGCAUAA